AUGAACCAGAGAGCAUUGACCUGCUGAGUGGACUAAAGAUGGGGGAGCAAGGUGGUUGGCAGGAGGCUAACAGAGGAGACUGGGUGGCCAUCUUGGAUUCCCAGACCCAGACGGGUGCAGCCAUGGGCUCACGGGACAACAUCACGGAGCAGGCCAGGACCAGACACGACAUAGUGGAGGUCAGUGGAUGGGACAUCGACCUCAACUCUGGGCUGGGGAACAACACUGUUAACCACAAACAGACAGUGGAACACAAAACAACAUCUGAAUUUAGUCUCCAUGACAACAGAAUGGCUGAGACCAGGGUGAGGCGUAGAUUUGGUCUGCAGGGGCGAGGAGUUGUCUUUAUGGGAACAGCCACAGACUCGGCUAGCAAUGCUCCAUCCUGCUCCUAUAGUUGUGAUUCAGACAGACUGGUGGGGCCUCAGGUUAACCCACUAACAGAUGCUGCCUUCAGCCUGCCUUCUAUAGGAUCUAUCAACUGGAACAUGGUCCCUGCAACAACACAGACACGCCCUGGCCUUCAUCCUCCUCACACUCUCCUAAUGUCAAACCAAACCUCAGACAAUGCCAGUGCCUCAACACUAAAUAGCUACACAAGCUCAUUGACAAAUGACAGUAAUAGUGAUGCUAUCAGUAGAUCUGGUGGCAAAGAGAAGCGCUUCCCGUGUUCAUUCUGUGGGAAAGCCUUCAGUUUCCGCAAACAGGUGGAGAUCCACAAGAGGAUGCACACAGGGGAGAAACCUUUCGGCUGCCAACUGUGCCGGGCCAGUUUUUCACAAUCAUCCAGCCUGAAGAGGCACCAGAGGGUCCACACAGGGGAGAAACCCUUCAGCUGUACCCAGUGUGAGAAGAGGUUCUCCCACCAGCACCAUCUGAAGGUGCACCUGAAGAUCCACACGGAGGAGAGGCCAUUUGCCUGUACGCACUGCGGGAAGAGGUUCUCAGAGAGGAGAUACCUCAGGAUACACCAGCAGCAAAUGCACUCAGCCCAUGUAUAGAGUAUAGUGACAUGUGAUGUAGUACUAGUUUGUCUGUAGUUAAUUCUGUUGGUUUUGGAUGUAGUAGGGAGCUGGAUGAGGUGAACUGAGGAAAGAAUGAGUAUGAUGAGACAGAGUAGAUAUGCUGGUGGUUGGUGUGAUGGUGUCUGUAAAAAUGUUUCACUGAUUAAGACUACCAACUUUUUUCCAGUUGUUUGAUGAUAAUGUUUUAUAAUGAGAAAAUUAUUGGGCCCUAAGUUUACUUGACAUGAAGUCGUGAAGCUGUGUGUAAUGUUGAACCUUUUCCAAAGUAUUCUAAAAUUCAUUUUAACAAAACAAGGGUACCAGAUUUACAGAAAAGGUCGUGUUACCAUAGUGAGAAAAGUUAUUGUACAUGUCACGUAUCGUUUUGUACAAUAAAAGUACUGUACUUCAA